AUGUUUAUGAAUCGGCUAUUCGGGAAACCAAAGCAGGAGACUAAUACUCUCCAAACAUUAGACAAGCUCAAUGAGACCCUUGAGAUGCUAGAGAAGAAGGAAGGUGUUCUUUUGAAGAAAGCUGCUGGAGAGGUUGAGAGAGCAAAGGAAUUCACCCGGGCCAAGAACAAACGCGCGGCUAUACAGUGUUUGAAAAGGAAGAAGUUAUACGAGCAACAAGUUGAACAGCUUGGGAAUUUCCAGCUCCGUAUUCAUGAUCAAAUGAUUAUGUUAGAAGGUGCCAAAGCAACAACAGAGACUGUAGAUGCUUUGAGGACUGGUGCUGCUGCAAUGAAAAAUAUGCAGAAGGCAACUAACAUUGAUGAUGUGGACAAGACAAUGGAUGAGAUCAACGAGCAAACCGAGAACAUGAAACAGAUCCAAGAAGCAUUGUCUAACCCAGUUGGAUUUGGUGCUGAUUUCGAUGAGGAUGAAUUGGAAGCGGAACUUGAAGAACUAGAAAGCGAGGAGCUAGAAGAGCAACUUCUUCAGCCAAUAAGACCCGUUCCAAACGCUCCUGAGCCAAAGCAACCUGUCCGUCCCGCACCUCAGAAGACCGCUCAUGAUGAUGAACUCGCUGCAUUACAGGCUGAUAUGGCUCUCUAA